GUAACAUCAGUUCAACGAAUAUUGCCUUGAGAAUAAGGUAAUUUGAAUGGAGAUGAGAAUAUAACCAAUCAUAUCAUAAUGUCAUACAGAGAUAUUCGCAAUCUGGUGGAAACCCUCCGGGUAUUAGGCUAUCCAAAUAUGGUAUCGAUGGAAAGUUUCAGAUCGUCGAAUUUUCCACUAGUAGCCGAUUUGCUAGUCUGGCUGGCGAAAAGAUUCGAUCCCGAAGCAGAUAUUCCACCCGAAAUAUCAACUGAGGACGAACGAGUCAAAUUGAUGCGAAACGUCGCCCAAUUUAUGGCACUGAAAGCUAAUAUAAAAUUGAAUACAAAAAGACUCUAUCAAGCAGAUGGAUACGCAAUCAAAGAACUACUGAAAAUAACAUCAAUUUUGCAUGAUGCCUUGUUGAGUAACUUGGACCAGAACGAAGAUGAACGCAAUGAGGAAGCUAGCUUGGAUAUGAGAGAAUUUGAUAUCACUGAUAAGGUGAAUGAAUUGAAAUUCUCUCGACAACUGGCCAGUGAAAUUACUUCAACUGGUGCCAACCUUUUCGAUUUACUAGGAAAAGAAGUAGACUUGAAGGCGGCUAGGCAAAAAAGUGUUUCACGCCAAUUUGAACUUUCGGAUGUUGAAUCCGGAAUAAAAGAUGCUUUGCAGAGUAUCAAGAAGGAAAUUGAUGAAACGAAACAUCUCAUUGAAAAUGUGGCUGCUACCGAAGCAAGUUUGGAUUCCAAAAUCGAGAGGAGGAAUCUAGAGAUAUCUAGAUACGAAAAACGACUACAGGCUCUGAAAAAAGUGAGACCAGCGUUCUUGGAAGAAUUCACCGCCCUCGAGAAGGAGCUCGAGCAACUCUUCGUUCAGUACUCGCUGCGCCUCAGGUGUCUGGUCCAGCUCGAGAAGCAGUUCGAAGACUCGGAAUCGGCCCGGCUGGAGAAGCAGCUGCAGCUGGCCGCGCUGCCGCCCGUCCAGACGAUCCCUCUGGACCAGACGGACCAUCACGACGACGUGUUCAUGGAGAAAGUGGGAGGGGAUCGGCCUGGGGCAACCAACAGGCACCAUGACAGGCAACGUGUCCCCACUGGAGGUCGAAGCAAAAUCGAGAAAGCCCCCGCGAAAGCGUACGGCGGCAUGCAGCCUCCCCUCCUGGGCAGCCAAUCGUCGUUGGACCUGAGCACGGACUCGGAGUCAGACGACUCCUUUCUCGACAAAGACGAGCCCGAACUGAUGCACUCCGACGAGUCUCUGGGGCCCGAGGUGUCGGCCGACAGGAGGGCCCCUUCUGCCAGGGUGGCUGCCAGCAAGAUGCAGGAUAACAGCGACGAUGAUUUUUAGUUUGUUUGAAUGAUCUCCGAGUAGCUUGAAAUAGUUUCUGUUCUUUUGUUCUUGUUUCGUUCAGUGUCGGUCUAUUUCUGCUAAACAGGGGUUCUCAGAGAGGUAGGGCUCUAAUAAGUCCAAUAUCUUAACGUUCCUUCCGAAGGACGGCAUAUCUUUACCAUAUCUUCGUUAACAGCUAGAGGUUUUGUAUAUUUGUUUAUUAAUUUAUUAUACAUCCGGCAGGCCCUAGAGCCCAAUUACAGGUGUACAUAAUUACAAACUAAGUGAUUAGAACAGAAAAAAUAUAAAAAAUAUCAGUAAGGAACUGAGGUAACAAUAACACGUUUGAACUGUGCAAAUGAUUAAAAGAAAAUAUCGACAGUAGAGAUAUUGUUUACACUUCUAGACAUUGUUGUUAUAGGCGAGUGGUAAUUGUGUAUUGUGUUAGGUACAGAGGUAAGUAAAAUGUAUUACAAGUACGUGAAGAAGCUCGAGGAAAAUUGAACGUCAUUUAUGAUAGGAUAGUAGAGGAAUCUAUUUGAUUGUGUAUAAUUUUGUGAAUGAAGCAUCUCUUAUUUCACGAUGUUUUUUAAGUGAUAUCAAUAAAUUGAACUCAAUAAGGAGUAGGUCAUAGUUAUAGCCUCUUGCAGCAUAAUUACCAUGCAUUUUAUAAAAUGCAAAUUUCAAACAUUUUCUCUGAACAUUCUCAAUAGCUGAAAUAUAUAAGACGGAUUCCAAACAACACUACAAUUAUCGAGCUUACUUCUGACCAACGUUAGAUAUAUGCUUUUCAGAGAAUCAAAUGAUUUGAAGUCUUUACAGUUUCGUAUCAGAAAACCUAAAUUUUUUCAUUGAAGCUGAAAUUAUAUGACCAAUAUGAUUGGAAAACGCAAGUUUUUGGGUCAAAUAUGACCGCUAAGUCUUUCGAUUCAGUGACUGGCACUAGAAUAUUGUCAUCAAGCUUAUAGUUGAAUGUGACUGGAACAACUUUUUGAGUUAAUGUCAUAACUUUACAUUAAACUAUCCACAAGCUUUUCAUAAAAUGACUGCCCUGCGGGUAUGAAGUACUCAUGAAAUUUUGCCUCAUACAUGUGAUGUCGAUAAACAAAACAGUGAUUGUUUUAUAAUUAUCAUUCUAAAUAUGACAACAGAAUCCUGCGAUUGGUAAAUGAGGCCACGUGUUGGAGAGAGAAAUUGAGUGGGGGGUGAACUGAAGUACUUAGUCACCUACUCUCCACACCAUUCUGACCAAACAUAUCCAUGAAUGUGGAUUGCACAAGUGCAAGAUAUAUUGUGAGUGUGAAUUUGAUGAUGAAUAAAAACCAAUAAUUAUUAUAAAUCAUUUUUAAUCACUGAACGGGGGCCAAAUGAGCAGUCUAAAAAAAUUUCAAAAUUAUAAAAGAGAUUGCAUGUCGGAAAUGUCGACCCUGAAAAAGUAAGGGACCAGUAGUUGAUAUCAAUGUGCCAAAAUUCCCUAAAAUUCUAUUCAAGUACGAUUUUUCAAAAAUGCAUCAUGUAGAUGAUAGUUAAUUCUUCACUACCAACAAUUCAACACAAAGAUACCAACACAGUUAAGUUGAUAUAACAGCAUAAUUUCAAUGAAAUAUACUCACGAAAAACACAGUACAUACAUUUAAACAACUUUUAGCAUAAGUUAAACGAAAGGUGCCUGAGUAAAUUUACAAAUACCAAAAAGAAUGGCAACAGGAUACGUUUUUUUUUCAAAAUUCAACAGUGACAUUCUUGUCAACCAAAAUCCACCCUAAAAAAAAUGAAUAUUGAAGUAAACUGCAGAAAAACUGAGACAUAGUGCCUCAGCAAAGUAGUUUUCAAGAUUCAAUUUUUUAUUAGGAUGGAGAUAGAAUGUCGCAAUAUUUGUACAAUGUAGAAUGUUUCUUUACAAAAAGGUACUUUGAAUUGUGAAAUAUAUUUGUACUAUCCUUCAAAGAAUUUACAUGAUGUCCCCUUUUUAUUGCUCACUACAGAGAUCUUGAAAACUGCAAGAAAUAUAGAAUUGUUUGAUUACAAAAAAAUUGCACUAGCUCAAUUAUUAUGCUUGUUGUGAUCAAAAAACGACAAUUACAACUGAAAUCAUCAAAUCAUAUAUCUCAUCUUGCUGUACUCAGAUAUAUAUGAAGCUUUCAUUGGACACAAGACAUAAUCCAUUCUAAAACAACCUCAAUUAUGAUUUUCAGAGUAUCUGGAUCCCAUCAAAUUUUCAGAAUAUCCUGUAGAUUAUAUCAGAAAAUGUACGCAUAUUCUAAACCAGAUCCAAAGCAGUAAUUUUGCCCAAAAUUAUAACCUUAAUAAAGUUUAAAAUUCGAAGUUUGUGCUGUUUUUACUUUUAUCUCCCGGAUACUUCCUGUACAUUGGAAGAAAUAAGUCAAUUAAGUAAAUUUCAAAAUUAUUUACCCACUCUCUUUGGAAACAAACAAAACGUUAUCGAUCAUAUUUUGAAACUGUUAAAUGGACAUUAAACAAUGAAAUAAUCAACAUGAUUACUGGAAAAUUGCUGCUAUGUAAUAUUUAUAAUAUCAAAUAUUUAUAUAAAAUGUUUCAGCAACCUUAAUGCAAUAUUGCAGUAAGGUGGCAUUUGUUAGAUUGAAUAUGUACAUCACAAGCAAUGUUACAAUAAACUUGCUAGAAUGAAUCAUUUGAUAGCUACAUCACACAUUACAGGGAAAUACUGUUGCAAUAAUGUUGAAAUAUUACUUUUAAUGAUAUUUGGUAUAUUUAUUUGGUAUGUCAAUUUGUGGAAUGACUUGCAUAUGUUUUGUGUCCUUAUUUGCGAAAAAAUACAGAUCAUAAUACUGGAAUUUUCUUUUAGCUAAAUCAGUUUUGUUUCUGAAAUUAUCCAACAGCCUUGGUAAUGAGCAAUGAAUAGAGGAGACCAUGUAGACUAAUCUCUUGUUACUUGUUUGAAAAUCUAAAACCCCAAAUCCUCUCUUUUGAUAAAUUAUGUAUUCCAGUUUUUAGUUGAAACACCACAAUCCCACCAAGAAAUGAAAUAAAUAAUUUAUGUAUUUUUUUAAUAAUUCACAACAGAAAGUACCCGUUAAUGAUGUGCUGCGCACAAUAUUCUCAAAGAAAAAAAAAGUCUUCAUAAGUAAUAAGCAUUGAUGGAGUAUAUACUAGGUUCAUGCAUAAAAUACCUACAGUUAAACAUUAUUUUGAAUCUCUUGGUCGCAUCAGGCAAACCUACUGAUCAGUAAUAGACAGAAAAACGAACCAGACUGGUGAGAAACCAUUGUUUGAGUUUCAUAUCGGAACCAAUGACGCCUUCAGAUCAGAAAAUGGUAACAUUGCAAAAAGCUAAACCAGAGAAAAUAUAUUGAAUUCGGUGAUAAAAACAUUUUCCGCGUUAUGUGUUUGGUCACUGUUGUUUUUUUCUCACGUUAGUUUUUACGUCUUUCCACUGCUUUUGCGACAAAUCUUUCGCCGUAAGUAUAUGAUAAAACUGUACACUCCCAAUGUGAACAAUUCAACCUUGAAGCGCUUGCAACCCGGAUGCUGGUUCAUCUCAUUUUCACAUCAAACGUCACGUUUCGAAAUAAAUACCCAAAAAAAUGGUUCCACUCCAACAUACUGCGCCAUUUCUGUAGACUAUACUUAUUAACAAAUACAAUUUUCAUGUUAUAUCUAAGCUUGUUUUUUUUUUGUAUGAUAUUGCGGGCUGGCAAACAUAUAUUCAUUAUAUAAAGGAUGUUUACAAGAAAUAAUCGGGAGUCCGACGGGUGACGUGUGGCUCUCCGCGUCUUGGUGCUGGGUCAAACUGUAAGCU